AUGUCUCACGAACGCGAGAAUCGAAUCUACAAUGCCAUCGACAGUCUAAUCGCCCACAUCAUCCCCACCGACCCCGAGGAAGGUGACGAUGCGGCGCAGGAAAGACAUGACAAUUGCUUCGAGCUCGUCAAGACAAUUCUGGAUAGUCCCAUCUCCCCCGCCAUUUCAUCAGACGUAAACCAUGCCUCUGAUCUGAUUAAGAGAAAGCUCAUACAAAGCAACCCGAGCCAAGCACUUCGUUUCUCCAACCUAUACACACGCCUUCUAUCACUUCCAGUAUUGAACCAAAAAUGGGCGAUUCUUUAUCUACUGUAUCAACUCGCCGAUUCACCAGAUCCUAGUGAACCUCUGCCGCUUGCGCCUCUACGGCAGCCUGUGCAGCGCGAGGCAUUCCGACGGCCGGAAAAGAAUCGAUCUGCCAAAGAAAUAAGACCUAAAUCAAGACAAGAAGAGGAAGCAUUCAACGAUGCGUUUCAGCCAGCUGGUCUGAAGAAGUUCCCUCCGAAGGAGGCCAAGAAAGGCCCGGAGGAUGAACAGGGUCCUGGCUCGGACGGAGACACGGGUCAUAAGCGGGAUGUCUCGCUCAAAUCCACCCUACUUGCCGACAAUUACGUGGAAAUCAACCCUCCCGAAACGGCUCUCUUGAGAGACCUGCCUUACACAUUGCAGGGGCUUUCAUCUGCGACUCUACCCUUCUCAAAAGAAACCACACUCAAAUUACCAUCUACUCUUCCGUCCCCUAUAAUUUCCCUUCUCCACACGCUAGCAGAGCCAUCAUUGCUAUACAGAAGACUAUCUUCUUGGGUGAAGACUCCUACUGGAGGACUUCUAGAUCAGAGUCUGCGGGCUGCCAUUAACGGCGAGCUUCGGUCCUAUCUCAGCUUAGUUGCAACGUUAGAGGGCCAGAUCCGUCGUGCAUUGUCUUCCCUGGACGAAAGUGCCCCGAGAAGCGGCAUAGGCAAGGCGGGCGUAACCCUUAAGCGAUGUGUUGUCUGGACAAGAGAGGCUACAAUGGGCCUGCGUCUCAUGAGUCUGAUUGCUGAAGAGUCAAAGAGCAAACGAGGCGGGCCACUCAUAUCCCUCAUUCAUGGAUUCUCGUCAUCACACGGCGACCCAAUCGUCGGUGCUUUUGCAGAGAGGCUAUUGGGCUCAGUCACUAGACCGUUCUAUGAUAUCCUCCGACACUGGAUCUAUGACGGAGAACUCCAGGAUCCAUACCAAGAAUUCUUUGUCAAGGAGCAAGAUCCUGCUGGCAAAGAGCGACAAGAACUCAAAUCCAGAGGUCAAAGCAGCGUCUGGAACGACAAGUAUGAGAUCGAUAAAGACAUGAUACCAACUAUAAUCACGAACGAUUUUGCACAGAAGGUUUUUCUGAUUGGGAAAUCUCUCAAUUUCAUCCGACAUAGCUGUGGAGACUCACAAUGGGUUGAGGAAUAUUCCAAAUCAUCCUCCAAGGAGCUUCGCUAUGGCGAUACUGCCACGCUAGAGACGUGGAUCGAUGAAGCGUAUAAGACCACCAUGAAACGUCUCAUGGGCCUAAUGACGAACAAAUUCCAUCUCUUCGAGCAUCUCAAGGCGCUCAAGAAUUAUAUUCUGCUGGGCCAAGGCGAUUUCAUCGCCCUGCUUAUGGAGUCCCUGGCUGCCAAUCUGGAUCGUCCUGCUGGCGCACAAUACCGACACACCUUGACAGCACAGUUGGAGCACGCUAUUCGCGGUUCCAACGCACAGUACGACUCUCCAGAGGUUCUGCGCCGUCUCGACGCUCGGAUGCUCCAGCUAUCCCACGGCGAUAUCGGCUGGGAUUGCUUCACUCUGGAGUACAAGGUCGAUGCGCCGACAGAUGUCGUGGUCACAGAAUGGGGCAACAGGCAAUACCUGAAGGUUUUUAAUUUUCUCUGGCGCAUCAAGCGCGUCGAGUUUGCAUUGGCCUCGACCUGGCGAAAGUGCAUGACGGGUGCUCGUAGCGUCCUGCAGACUUCAGACGAUGGCGUCCUGCAGACCUGGAAGCUCACGCGUGGCGUUCUUGCCGAGAUGAUACAUUUUGUUGGCCAGCUACAGUACUACAUCCUCUUCGAGGUGAUUGAGUCGAGCUGGGAGCAAUUACAGAAAGGUAUCAACAAGGACGACUGUACCCUAGAUGACUUGAUCAAGGCGCACACCAAUUACCUAAGCAGCAUCACCCAUAAGGGUCUUCUGGGUGCUCGACGAAGGCAGCAUCAUGAGGCAGUUGCUGCUGCGGCGGCAAUGGGCAUCACUGAGGUGGAGGACAGGAACAGUUACAUGGUCCAGCUCGGCGAGCUGCUGCGGACGAUGCUGUCGUACCGCGAGUCCGUCGACGGUCUGUACUCCUGGUCUGUUUCGGACUGGGCACGGCGGCAGGAAGCAGACGCGCGAUACUCGACUGCACCGCGAUCUCCUAAGAAGGGUGGCCUGUCCAAGCCCUCGACGCCAGCACUGGAAGCCGACGACGUCUUCAGCGCCCUGCCAGGGUCGGCAACGGGCGAGAACAUCGUGGCAUCCGAGCUGCCGGCCCUACAAGACCGCCUGAAGCAGCUCGGCUCAAGCUUCCGCACGCGUCUGCAGAUGCUAUUGGGCGACCUAGCCUACCAGCCGGAUGUGGACAUGCGAUUCCUCGGUGUUGCCAUGAAUUUCAACGACGUAUACCAGCCCACGCGGCGCAAGACCAAGAGCUCGUCGGGGGCAGCAGGAUCUCAGACGGCGAAGAGCGAAGUAGGAAACACCUCGAAGACCUGA